CCUUUCAUUAUAUGAAAUUCACUGACAAAGUCCUAAGUGUUGCCCUUUCAUAAAUUUUAAAAUUCAGUUACAAGGCAAAAGCAUAUCGGCGGAGCUUUUUAUAAACUGAACAGUCGAACUGUGGUUCACAGUGUGCAAAUUUGUAUUUCAAUUGUUGAUAUAUAUAGGGAGCAUCAUGUCGAUUCCUGAUGAUGUUUUGAACAUGGAGUUGGUUUAUGCAGACCCUUCAGAAUUGCCGAACACAUUGUUCGGCGGGGCUGACUUGGCUAGUAGCAGUGUGGAGCAGCUUUUUAAGAUGCCACUGCCAUUUAAGGAGCCAAACAUCGAGGAGAAAACUGUAGUCAACAACAAAAUCGAGGGAGUGUCGCCGGGAUAUGAGCUGAAGUACACGUUCGAGGGACAUCAGCGUCCGACUACCGCGGUUCGCUUUUGUCCUGGUGGUGAGUGGUUGAUCAGUGCAUCGACCGAUGGAUUACUCAAUAUGUGGGACAUGGCCACGGCUCAGCUGCUCAAGACAAUGACAAGCCAUUCAUUGGGCAUCAAUGACGUGGCCUGGGCGCCCGAUGGCAAAUUCUUGGUCAGCUGCAGCGAUGACAAGACUGUCAAGAUGUGGGAUCCACUUACUGGCCAGUGCCAAAAGACAAUGGUAGGCCACAAUGGAUAUGUGUUUUCCUGCAUCAUCAAUCCGCAGGCGAAUCUGAUCGCCUCGACCAGCUUCGAUUGCACCGUACGACUGUGGGAUGUGCGCAAUGGCAAGGCACUGAAUAUGAUACUCGCUCACAUGGAUCCCAUUUCAUCUGUGGACUUUAACCGUGAUGGAUCGCUCUUUGUGACCGGCAGCUUUGAUGGACUUGUUCGCAUUUGGGACACCAUCAGCGGCCAAGUGCUGAAGACGCUCAUCGACGAAGACAAUUCGCCAGUGGGCUAUGUGAAGUUUGCGCCGAACGGCAGGUAUAUACUCGCCGCCUAUUUGAACAGCCAGAUAAAGCUGUGGAACUUUCAGAAGCCGAAAUGCUUACGCAUCUACAAGGGUCACACGAAUCUCAAGUAUUGCAUCUCCGUUAACUUUUCCGUUACGGCGGGCAUGUGGAUCGUGUCGGGCAGCGAGGAUGAUUCGUUGUACAUCUGGAGUCUGCAGAGCAAGGAGCUCGCCCAGAAGCUGCAUGCGCACACACAUGAGGUCCUUUGCACCGAUUGUCAUCCAAAAUUGAAUCUGAUCGCAACGGGCGCUCUCCAAAAUUCGGACAAUCUCAAGAUCUGGCAGAGCAGCGAGACUGUAAUCGAAUUAAAUAAAUAA